AAUUGAUGGAUCAUUAAACUAAUAUAAAGCCGCCUUCUAAAACAAAUUCAAUGGCCAAAUUUCCCUUUAGUCAAUUUUCCUCUCCUUCCCGUCUCCUUCCUCAACACAAAGACACUCUCUCUUUCUCUCUAUAUCUAUAACUCCACAAUUCAAUACCAAAUAAUCCCCACUUACAGCUUUUCCUUCUACAGCAAAAUAUGGAAGUGGAAGUGGAAGUGGUGGUGCCGCUGCCCUCGACGGUGGACUUCAACUUUGAUAGCAAUUGCUCUUCUCCUUACAUGACUGCUCCUUCUAGUCCUCAAAGAUUUGGUAAUUUUUUCUUAAGUGCUCCUACAAGCCCUACUCGUGCCUCUACUUUCUAUAGAGACCUUCGAGACGUUUCUUUAUCUUCUUCUUCUUCUAAUAUUCGUUUUAACUGGGAAGAGAAGCCUGGUACUCCUAAAUCGAGAAAUGAAAGAGAUAAUAAUAACAAUACUGAAGACCAAGUUUUUAACGAUGAUGGUGAUUUUGAGUUUGAUUUUAGUGGUCAAUUGGACAGAACUUCAUUGUCUGCUGAUGAACUUUUCGACGGCGGCAAGAUCCGGCCAUUAAAGCCACCACCUGGUUAUGCUUCUUCUGUUUCUUCUCCAAAAUCAUCACCAAAAUCAAGAAAGAAAGAUUUUGACCCAUUUCAAGCUGCAUUAGAAGAAACAAGAAGAAAAGAACCCGGAAAUCAAGAAAGAGGAAGACACAGAACCAUUUCUGGUAAUAAAGAGAUGGAAAAUCAAGAAAAUCAAGAACGAGGAAGAGAAAGAAACAUUAAACAUAAAGCAAGCAGAUCUCUGUCUCCUUUUAGAGUAUCUGAUCUCAUGUUCGAUCAAGAAGACAACUAUAAUAGUAACAAUUCAUCACAGAAUGUAAAAGUGACUAAACCGUCCUACGCGUCAACUUUCUUGUCUGCGAUAUCAUUUUCGUCAAAAGGUUACAAGAAAUGGAAGCUUAAAGAUUUAUUACUAUUCAGAAGUGCAUCAGAAGGAAGAGCAACAGCAAAUAAUAAAGACCCAUUAACAAAGUAUGUUGUGUUGUCUAAAAAAGAGGCGGUGGUGGAGGAUGCCAAGAAUGCUAGUUUUCGGUCUGCUGAUAGUAGUAUCGGUGGCUCUUCACGGCGAAGAGGGCCGGUCUCAGCCCACGAAUUACAUUAUACGGCGAACCGGGCGGUUUCGGAAGAGUUGAAAAGAAAAACGUUUUUGCCUUACAAACAAGGACUAUUGGGUUGCUUAGGAUUCAACCCUGGUGUGCAUGAGAUCUCUAGAGGUGUUGGGUCUUUGACACGUGUAUGAUCCAGAUUGGCUUGAUCUGUUUCUCUUGGUUAAGCAUAUACUAGUUUCUUUUAUUGAUUUUUAUUUUUAAUUUUAAUGGUUUAUCUUCAUAUAUUUGUUACUUACAAUACAUAAUGGAGUGUCACCAUCUGUAUCAAAUAGACACAAUUGUAUGAGAAUACACUACUAUUGAUUAAAAAAAAAAAAAAAAAUUGGGGUGGAGAUUCUUGAAGAAA